AUCUGCGCGCCGUAGCAUUUCAUGCCCAUUGCAUUUUGCAGCUCAGAGCACUCUGCGCCCCUGCUGGUGACAGCCCCGCGCUUCGACAACGAUUGCAACAAGAUUGCGAAAUGGUAAUCCUUCAUCGUCAUACUUGCACUGAAAAUCUAAGACGAGUUAAACGAAGAGAGUAAAAUGCUCAAGUUAGCGGUACACAUUUACAGGUACUCCGUGAAACUGUUUAGCAAGAGAUAAACAUGAAGCCCGAGUGGUGGACAACGCUGCGCAAUCCGACUCGCCAGUUCCAUUACUCCACGGGAUUACAAGGCGUGGUGAUGGCGCUAGGGUUGAGCGAAAGCGUCCGCAUCUACGGAUUCGGAAAAGCUGCGAGGCUGAAGCACCACUACUUCUCGCAGCAUCACGAGGAGCUCAAGGAGGUCCACGACUACAAUGCCGAGUACGAAUUCUACAGCGAUCUAGAGCAGCGCAACAUCGACGAAAUGCCGUUCUUCAAAGCUGCCAGCAUUACGCAGCUCCCAAGCUUCCGAAUCAUGGCGUGAUCGGUUGAAUCUGCGCAGUUCUGGAAGGUUUCAGAUAUUAAGUGUGGUUUAAGAAUCAGCAGGAAGUCCUCAGCGCCGCCGAUUUCGGCAACAAUGACGAAGGCGACGCCAUCGCGGGCACGAUCUCGGCAAUGGCAUCGUCCCCGAAAGGACCCUGGAAACCAGAGCGACAAGGAAAUUAGGGUCUUCCAUUUUAAUCUCGGAAAGGAACAAUAAUAUUAUAAAUUAUAAUAAAACUCAAAAGAAAAAUAACUAAAUCAGAAUAAAAAUAUUAUAAAUCCCAACAAAUUCCUUGUCAAAUUCUAAUCAAAUCCUGUAGUAAAUUCAAAACCUCAAUUACUAAUAAUUUAACAAUUGAUCUUAAUUUAAAUUUUUUAUAAUUCUUAAUUUUUUUAGUUGAAAAUAAAUACAACAAAUUUGAAGAGGAUCAAACUUAUCAACUUAUCAACAAAAAGGCUCAUAA